ACCGAAACAUCUUCAACCUUCAAUAGGAGAAACCAAUUCUCAAUUGCUACAAAAAUAUAAAUAUUUUGAAAAAUGAAACUGGAGCUGGUGUUCAUACCAUCACCUGGUGACGGACAUCUCCGGCCAUUAGUGGAGGUAGCUAAGCUUCAUGUUGACCGUGACGACCAUCUCUCCAUCACCAUCAUCAUCAUCCCUCAGAUGCAUGGAUUUAGUAGCAGUAACUCUUCUUCUUACAUCGCUUCUCUCUCCUCUGAUUCUGAAGAACGUCUUAGCUACAACGUUCUCUCCGUCCCUGAUAAACCAGACUCCGAUGACACCAAACCACAUUUUUUCGACUACAUUGAUAACUUCAAGCCGCAGGUCAAAGCCACGGUGGAAAAACUUACUGACCCGGGUCCACCAGAUUCGCCGUCGCGUCUUGCUGGAUUCGUGGUGGAUAUGUUUUGCAUGAUGAUGAUUGAUGUCGCUAAUGAGUUUGGUGUUCCCAGUUACAUGUUUUACACAUCCAACGCAACGUUUCUUGGAUUGCAAGUUCAUGUUGAAUACCUUUACGACGUUAAGAACUAUGACGUUAGUGACCUCAAGGACUCGGACACUACUGAGCUGGAAGUUCCUUGUUUGACUCGUCCUUUACCGGUUAAGUGUUUCCCCUCGGUUCUAUUAACCAAGGAGUGGUUACCGGUUAUGUUUAGACAAACCAGAAGAUUCCGAGAAACUAAAGGUAUUUUGGUAAAUACAUUCGCUGAGCUUGAGCCUCAAGCUAUGAAGUUUUUCUCCGGCGUAGAUAGUCCUCUGCCUACGGUGUACACAGUUGGACCGGUUAUGAAUCUUAAAAUCAACGGUCCAAAUUCAUCUGACGAUAAGCAAUCGGAGAUCCUACGGUGGCUAGACGAGCAGCCACGUAAAUCCGUUGUUUUCCUCUGUUUCGGAAGCAUGGGAGGUUUCCGUGAGGGCCAAGCUAAAGAAAUCGCAAUCGCGCUUGAGCGAAGUGGUCACCGCUUUGUCUGGUCUCUUCGUCGUGCUCAACCAAAAGGAUCGAUAGGACCUCCCGAAGAAUUUACGAAUCUUGAGGAAAUUCUCCCGGAAGGAUUCUUGGAACGGACGGCAGAGAUAGGAAAGAUUGUAGGUUGGGCUCCACAAAGCGCCAUUCUAGCAAAUCCUGCGAUCGGAGGGUUCGUGUCGCAUUGUGGAUGGAACUCGACGCUAGAGAGUCUAUGGUUCGGAGUUCCGAUGGCUACGUGGCCGCUUUACGCAGAGCAACAAGUUAACGCGUUCGAGAUGGUUGAGGAGCUAGGGCUAGCGGUGGAGGUCCGAAAUAGUUUCCGAGGAGAUUUCAUGGCGGCGGAUGAUGAGUUGAUGACGGCAGAGGAGAUAGAGAGAGGGAUCCGGUGUUUGAUGGAGCAGGAUAGUGACGUGAGGAGUAGAGUGAAGGAGAUGAGCGAGAAGAGUCACGUAGCUUUAAUGGACGGUGGAUCUUCGCACGUUGCUCUUCUAAAGUUUAUUCAAGACGUCACUAAGAAUAUCUCUUGAAUCUAAGAUGAUGAGGCUCGUCUCAGAAGACGAAGAAACAUAUAUAUUAGCACUUAUAAGAAAAAGACAUGUUGGCAGAGAUUCAAGACAUAUAUCUCUUGAACCAGAUUAGUAACUUACUGUAUUUUUUCUUUCUUUACUUGCAUUGAUAUUAAAAUUACAUUCACU